AUGCUACAUUCAGCCUCUGAGACGCCCACGCAGUUGUUACGACUAGCCGCCAAACGCGACGAAUCCAAGGCCCAGUUGCCCUCGAAGCAGACGAGAGACUCUCUCUGCGGUCUCGGAGCUUUCACCAAGCCGUUCACGAUCAGAGAGCACUCUGGCUCACCGUACAAAAAUAAGCCCACCACCUUCAGACCCGUACGAGUAAUUGGACGUUCCCAGCUGCCUCUGACCUUCCUCGACAUCUCCGCCGACGAGAACUUCGCCCCGAACAGCCUCUUCGCGGCACACAUCGAUAUACUGGAGGUUGGAGAAUGUGAUAGUCAAGACCAUGCAGGCCCCAAGAUACUCGUCGCACGUUUCGAGGCAAAGAAUCUACUAUACGCCAUAGAGCGAGUGAAGCCACGCGUCUAUAGUAUCUGCAAGCUUGCGGGCUGGCUCAAAGAGAAGGAUGUCACAGACUUGUGGGACCCCAGAAAUCUCCAGAGGCUGCAAACACGCCCAGGAUCAGAGACGAAUGCGGCCGUACAAGGAGAAUGGUGGCAACAGGCCGCUGUGGAGACACACACUGUGGACCCACCACCCAGACGAGCGCGAAUGACGAUGAUGCGACCGAAGUUACAACCAGAGAUAAAGAAAGAGCAUGCACACCAACCGGACCUGGCUUUAGAAGCCCCGAGCAGCGAAUACCUGGAUACGACUUCCACGGAAUUCCCUCUAGAACCUAUGCCCGACGCGCCAUCGCCACAAGAGCAACUUGCCUUGCUCGUCCAACAAUAUUUGGAUGCAAUUUACAUGUCCAAAACCUCACUGGCAUACCUAGCGAAGGGCCCAAUCACUCGAAUCCGGAACACAUUUACUUCAGCUGAAGAAGGAGCACCGCCUACCCAUGAACUUGUCACAUUCUUGAGAACUAUGCUGCUGAGUCCAAAGGCCAGCGAGAAGAAAUAUCACGAAAAACUACCAUCCUUGAUCAAGGAGAUGCCGCCCGGGAGCUACUCGGAUGAUGAGCACGGCCCAAGUGUCAGCAAGCCGAAGAAGUCGAAGAAAAAGAUGAAACUCAGUCGGGAGGGUGUAUACCCACAGGAGGAGGCAUUCGUCAGGAAGUGGUGGCAGUCGGAAUUGCCAAGUGGCGACAGUACGGCUCCAGAGACUCUAGACCAGCGUAUCAAGAGGCGCAUUGGAGAUUUGCGGGUUCGCGAGACGCUUGCGCAAUUGAUUCUCAUGCUCGAAAUUGUUGCACUAGAGACACUCUCCACACAGAAACCACCAGAGCAACAAGCUACCGCAGACGGAAGUCAAGCCCAGACUGAGCAGCCGAUCCCGAAGAAGCGCAAGAACAAACUUGAUGACAUCAACCUACAACUCGAUUUGCUGCUGGACAAGCUUUGCAUCUGGCACGCUACGGAAGAACUAGGUAUACUAGAUUUUGAUGACAAGCCGUCACGACAACACGACGGACCCGAUGGAUCUGGACGAAACAAUUCGAACGAUCGCCUGCACAGCUUCUGCGUCGAAGUCAUUAUCCCCUUCUACAUCAACCGAUUACCAGAGCAGGCGCUUAUGGUGAAUAAGAAGCUGGGUGGGCCCACACAUAGCUUACCAACAAAACGCAAAGCUGCCAGGCCACCACUCACCUCACGCAAAUCCGGCAGUUCGAAGGAACCCGAGGCAAAGAAGUCACGGCGAUCGCUGGCCCGGGUCGCUACCGACAACACGGGACGGACUACUGAGCGAAUAACACCGUCCCUGAGCCGAUCUGCCACUGAUUCCGCGCUGUUAGAUGGCAUCAAACGAGAAGGCAGCGAGGUACCUCUCUCAGCCAUACCUUUCCGACGCAGUCCAUCUAAGAGCGCUCGGCAAUCGAUGUCCCAGAUCCGACAUCUGCAGGGCCGUCAAAUUGAUCUAGCGGAGCCUUCGGCUGCUGCAUCAGCUAAGAUAAAGCACAAGCAACGUGUGGAGGAAGAUCUUCAAGAGGCUAUUUUAGCUUUGAAGAAGCCCAACCGUGGACUAGCUGCUGGUGGCUACAUUGCCGACAUCGAGCAACGUGGUCUGGGUUUGCCCAAACAGUCGAGAAAGCCAACAGUCACUGUGAGGAAGACCAUCAGGGACGUUCAGGUGUCAGCGACACCCCGGGCUGGGCGGAGGACGAAGAAUUUGGUUGAGCAGACGCCAACCCACCAUCACUACGAUCCGUUCGUUAGACCUCCCGGAGCGGAAGCGCCCCCCUCCAGCGAGUUCUGCGUGCCGUCCUCUGGAGUCCGCCCAGCAGCUACAAUGGUGCCGGUAACGGGCCACCGCCACUCGACGGCUCGAAGUCUAGCGCAGUCCGGUAUUGCCGAGACACCGUCCAAGGCGCCAAACAGCCUACCAUUCUCUACAGACUCGGUUAGGAGGAAGAUCUUUGCAACCCCAUUGAAGGCGGCGGCGUCUUCUUCUGACGGCAGGGGUUCUGCACAAUCACACGUGUUCGAAACUCCUGUCAAACCUACAGGUAGUCCGCCUCCUAAUGACGCCCAAUUCGCACCUGCUGCGAUUGCUGCCACACCUACCAAGCCCGCGUCUGCAACAGCGAAUAAGGUUGCACCGAUCGCGCUCGCAUUCGUAAACAAGCAUGAUGCUGAGCCAUCGAUAUACGAUGCCUUGGGAUGGAACGACGAUGAUGAUGGAUUUUGA